AUGGAAAUACGCAAGAGAGGACUGAGCAAGCUGGAGAGUUACUGGGGCAUCUCUCAGGAUGAUGUGUCUGCUGAAAGUUGCGGUGGAGCAAGAGGGGGUUUACGGGUCAGUGAAAGAGAAGACUCUGGGAGAGAUUCCCAGAAUUGGUACCGUCUGAGCAUUCCACCUCUGUGGCCUUGGCAGUCUGUUGUCAUAUCAGCAGGGUUGGUAUUGGCUGUGCUUACUGGGCUGGCUCAUGCCUGGUGUGUUUACUCCAUACAUGAGAACCUGCUGUGGUUCUCUCACCUCAAGGUAAGCUGUGCUCUGCUGAUGUCAUCAACCCUGACAGGGAGCCCGGUACACCCCUUUUGUUUAAUGGGAUGAUGUUGGCUUUUCUGAAAAGUCCUUGCAAUACAGGUUAAUCUUCUUUAAAAUAUUCAACUUGUGACUUAACGUUCAUUGAGAAGAUAACCUUGGUUAACCCAGAACUAAAAUCUUGUGUAAUGUGGUUAGAUGCUCGAUUUGGUCAGAUGCUCGACUACGGUACCAUUUGUGCUAAUGCCCUAUAUAAUGCCCGAUAUAUUGGCACGGGUGUUGUUAGGCCCAAGACAAAGCCUCUCCCUUGUCCGUACGGGGGUUGCAGCGAUGGGACAGGGACUGUAACUACUACCAAUUGGGGAGAAAAAGGGGGUAAAAUACCCCCAAAAAGAAAAAAAAAAGUUUCAGUUUUAGGCCCACUAUUGUUUUCACUAUAUAUUUUACCUCUUGGUGAUGUCAUUCGGAAACACAAUGUUAACUUUCAUUGCUAUGCGGACGACACACAGCUCUACAUUUCACUCUUCUGUCUGCGGCUAUGGAACCCUGACCUGUUCACCGGAUGUGAUACCUUGUCCCAGACUUGCUGUUUUCAACUCUCUCUUUAUUUCAACCUCUAAAUGCCCGGCUAUGAAAAGCCAAGUGACAUUUACUCCUGAUGUACUGACCUGUUGCAACCUCUACAACCACUGUGAUUAUUAUUUGACCCUGCUGGUCAUCUAUGAACGUUUGAAAAUCUUGGAGAAAAAUCUGGCCUUAAUGGCCAUGUACUGUUAUAAUCUCCACCCGGCACAGCCAGAAGGGGACAGGCCACCCCUCAGAGCCUGAUUCCUAGGUUUCUGCCUUUCUAGGGAGUUUUUCCUAGCCACCGUGCUUCUACAUCUGCAUUGCUUGCUGUUUUGGGUUUUAGGCUGGGUUUCUGUAUAGCACUUUGUGACAUCUGCUGAUGUAAAAAGGGCUUUAUAAAUACAAUUUGAUUGAUUGUCCACGAGAUUAUUGGGAAGAUGGCAGGGGUUGUAUUGCGGUUAUUUUUUUUUGCUGUUUUUCUUUUUUGAAUUCUAUAAUGAAGUUAUAAAAAGGUGUAAUCUCUUUUAUACUCUUCCCAUGUGCAUCCAUUUGCAGGCCUCCUACUAUUUUGCUCUUUUGCACCCCAGUAUCUCUAUUUGCACAUAAUCUCUUGCACAUCUAGCAUUCCAGUGUUAAUACUAAUUGUAAUUAUUUUGCACUAUAGCCUAUUUAUUGCCUUACCUCCAUAACUUGCUACAUUUGCACACACUGUAUAUAUAUAUUUUCAGUUGUAUUUUUUGACUUUGUUUUUUUUACCCCAUAUGUAACUCUGUGUUGUUGUUUUUAUCGCACUGCUUUGCUUUAUCUUGGCCAGGUCGCAGUUGUAAAUGAGAACUUGUUCUCAACUGGCUUACCUGGUUAAAUAAAGGUGAAAAAAAAAAUGUAUAAUCUGUCAUUUCCCACAGGACAUCUAAUGUUGUGUAUCCAGCAUGAUGUCUCAGGGGAGGACGUUAUACACUGCUCAAAAAAAUAAAGGGAACACUAAAAUAACACAUCCUAGAUCUGAAUGAAUGAAAUAAUCUUAUGAAAUACUUUUUUCUUUACAUAGUUGAAUGUGCUGACAACAAAAUCACACAAAAAGGAUCAAUGGAAAUCAAAUUGAUCAACCCAUGGAGGUCUGGAUUUGCAGUCACCCUCAAAAUUAAAGUGGAAAACCACACUACAUGCUGAUCCAACUUUGAUGGAAUGUCCUUAAAACAAGUCCAAAUGAGGCUCAGUAGUGUGUGUGGCCUCCACGUGCCUGUAUGACCUCCCUACAACGCCUGGGCAUGCUCCUGAUGAGGUGGCGGAUGGUCUCCUGAGGGAUCUCCUCCCAGACUCUGACUAAAGCAUCCGCCAACUCCUGGACAGUCUGUGGUGCAACGUGGCGUUGGUGGAUGGAGCGAGACAUGAUGUCCCAGAUGUGCUCAAUUGGAUUCAGGUCUGGGGAACGGGCGGGCCAGUCCAUAGCAUCAAUGCCUUCCUCUUGCAGGAACUACUGACACGCUCCAGCCACAUGAGGUCUAGCAUUGUCUUGCAUUAGGAGGAACCCAGGGCCAACCGCACCAGCAUAUGGUCUCACAAGGGGUCUGAGGAUCUCAUCUCGGUACCUAAUGGCAGUCAGGCUACCUCUGGCGAGCACAUGGAGGGCUGUGCAGCCCCCCAAAGAAAUGCCACCCCACACCAUGACUGACCCACCGCCAAACCGGUCAUGCUGGAGGAUGUUGCAGGCAGCAGAACGUUCUCCACGGCGUCUCCAGACUCUGUCACGUCUGUCACAUGUGCUCAGUGUGAACCUUGCUUUCAUCUGUGAAGAGCACAGGGCUCCAGUGGCAAAUUUGCCAAUCUUGGUGUUCUCUGGCAAAUGCCAAACGUCCUGCACGGUGUUGGGCUGUAAGCACAACCCCCACCUGUGGACGUCGGGCCCUCAUACCACCCUCAUGGAGUCUGUUUCUGACCGUUUGAGCAGACACAUGCACAUUUGUGGCCUGCUGGAGGUCAUUUUGCAGGGCUCUGGCAGUGCUCCUCCUGCUCCUCCUUGCACAAAGGCGGAGUUAGCAGUCCUGCUGCUGGGUUGUUGCCCUCCUACGGCCUCCUCCACGUCUCCUAAUGUACUGGCCUGUCUCCUGGUAGCGCCUCCAUGCUCUGGACACUACGCUGACAGACACAGCAAGCCUUCUUGCCACAGCUCGCAUUGAUGUGUCAUCCUGUAUGAGCUGCACUACCUGAGCCACUUGUGUGGGUUGUAGACUCCGUCUCAUGCUACCACUAGAGUGAAAGCACCGCCAGCAUUCAAAAGUGACCAAAACAUCAGCCAGGAAGCAUAGGAACUGAGAAGUGGUCUGUGGUCACCACUUGAAAAACCAGUCCUUUAUUGGGGGUGUCUUGCUAAUUGCCUAUAAUUUCCACCUGUUGUCUAUUUAUUUGCACAACAGCAUGUGAAAUGUAUUGUCAAUCAGUGUUGCUUCCUAAGUGGACAGUUUGAUUUCACAGAAGUGUGAUUGACUUGGAGUUACAUUGUGUUGUUUAAGUGUUCCCUUUAUUUUUUUGAGCAGUGUAUUUCACUUUCCCAUUCUUAACCAUGCAUUUUUAAUGCACCUGUCUAUUAUAGUCAACAUGUUUAUGGCCCAGACGAUAUUAACGGCUGUGCAUGCAUUAAACAUACAGUUGAAGUCGGAAGUUUACAUACACUUAGGUUGGAAAACUCGUUUUUCAACCACUCCACACAUUUCAUGUUCAACUAUAGUUUUGGCAAGUCGGUUAGGACAUCUUCUUUGUGCAUGGCACAAGUAACUUUUCCAACAAUUGUUUACAGACAGAUUAUUUCACUUAUAAUUCACUGUAUCACAAUUCCAGUGGGUCAGAAGUUUACAUACAGUAAGUUGACUGUGCCUUUUUAAACAGCAUGGAAAAUUCCAGAAAAUGAUGUCAUGGCUUUAGAAGCUUCUGAUAGGCUAAUUGACAUAAUUUGAGUCAAUUGGAGGUGUACCUGUGGAUGUAUUUCAAGGCCUACCUUCAAACUCAGUGCCUCUUUGCUUGACAUCAUGGGAAAAUCAAAAGAAAUCAGCCAAGACCUCUGAGGGAAAAAAAUUGUAGACCUCCGCAAGUCUGGUUCAUCCUUUGGAGCAAUUUCCAAAUGCCUGAAGGUACCACGUUCAUCUGUACAAACAAUAGUACGCAAGUAUAAACACAACAUGGGACCAAGCAGCCGUCAUACCGCUCAGGAAGGAGACACGUUCUGUCUCCUAGAGAUGAACGUACUUUGGUGCGAAAAGUGCAAAUCAGUCCCAGAACAACAGCAAAGGACCUUGUGAAGAUGCUGGAGGAAACAGUUACAAAAGUAACUAUAUCCACAGUAAAACAAUUCCUAUAUCAACAUAACCUGAAAGGCCGCUCAGCAAGGAAGAAGCCACUGCUCCAAAACCACCAUAAAAAAAGCAACUGCACAUGGGGACAGAGAUCUUACUUUUUGGAGAAAUGUCCUCUGGUCUGAUGAAACAAAAAUAGAAUUGUUUGGCCAUAAUGACCAUCGUUAUAUUUGGAGGAGAAAGGGGGCUGCUUGCAAGCCGAAGAACACCAUCCCAACCGUGAAGCACGGGGGUGGCAGCAUCAUGCAGUGGGGGUGCUUUGCUGCAGGAGGGACUGGUGCACUUCACAAAAUAGAUGGUAUCAUGAGGAAGGAAAAUUAUGUGGAUAUAUUGAAGCAACAUCUCAAGACAUCAGUCAGGAAGUUAAAGCUUGGUCGUAAAUGGUUCUUCCAAAUGGCCAAUGACCCCAAGCAUACUUCCAAAGUUGUGGCAAAAUGGUUUAAGGACAACAAAGUCAAGGUAUUGGAGUGGCCAUCACAAAGCCCUGACCUCAAUACUAUAGAAAAUGUGUGGGCAGAACUGAAAAAGCGUGUGCGAGCAAGGAGGCCUACAAACCUGACUCAGGUUACACCAGCUCUGUCAGGAGGAAUGGGCAAAAAUUCACCCAACUUAUUGUAGGAAGCUUGUGGAAGGCUACCCGAAACGGUUGACCCAAGUUAAACAAUUUAAAGGCAAUGCUACCAAAUACUAAUUGAGUGUAUGUAAACUUCUGACCCACUGGGAAUGUGAUUAAAGAACUAAAAGCUGAAAGAAAUAAUUCUCUCUACUAUUAUUCUGACAUUUCACAUUCUUAAAAUAAAGUGGUGAUCCUAACUGACCUAAGACAGGGAAUUUUUACUAUGAUUAAAUGUCAGGAAUUGUGGAAAAACUGAGUUUAAAUGUAUUUGGCUAAGGUGUAUGUAAACUUCCAACUUCAACUGUACAGCCUUAUUCCUAAAUUCAUUACAUAUUUUUUUUUCUCUCAUCAAUCUACACACAAUACCCCAUAAUGACAAAGCAAAAACAGGUUUUUGAAAUGUUUGCAAAUGUAUUAGAAAUUUAAAAAAUACCUUAUUUACGUAUUCAGACCCUUUGCUAUGAGACUCAAAAUUGAGCUCAGGUGCAUGUUGUUUCCAUUGAUCAUCAUUGAAAUGUUUUAUACAACUUGAAUGGAGUCCACCGGUGGUAAAUUCAAUUGAGUGGACUUGAUUUGGAAAGGCACACACCUGUCUAUAUAAGGUCCCACAGUUGACGGACAUGUCAGAGCAGAAACCAAGCCAUGAGGUCGAAGGAAUUGUCCGUAGAGCUCCGAGAAAGGAUUGUGUCGAGGCACAGAUCUGGGGAAGGGUACCAAAAAAUGUCUGCAGCAUUGAAGGUCCCCAAGAACACAGUGGCCUUCAUCAUUCUUAAAUGGAAGAAGUUUAGAACCACCAAGCCUCUUCCUAGAGCUGUCCGCCCGGCCAAACUGUGCAAUCGGGAGAAGGGCUUUGGUCAGGGAGGUGACCAAGAACCCGAUGGUCACUCUCACAGAGCUCUAGAGUUCCUCUGUGGAGAUGGGAGAACCUUCCUGAAUGACAACAUCUCUGCAGCACUCCAACAAUCAGGCCUUUAUGGUAGAGUGGCCAGACGGAAGUCACUCCUCAGUAAAUGGCACAUGACAGCCCACUUGGAGUUGCCAAAAGGCACCUAAAGGACUCUCAGACCAUCAGACUGAUGAAACCAAGAUUGAACUCUUUGGCCUGAAUGCAAAGCAUCACAUCUAGAGGAAACCUGGCACCAUCCCUACGGUGAAGCAUGGUGGUGGCAGCAUCAUGCUGGGGGGAUGUUUUACAGCGGCAUGAACUGGGAGACUAGUCAGGAUCGAGGCAAAGAUGAACGGUGCAAAGUACAGAGAGAUUCUUGAUGAAAACCUGCUCCAGAGCAUUCAGGCCCUCAGACUGGGGUGAAGUUUCAUCUUCCAACAGGACAACGACCCUAAGCACACAGCCAAGACAACGCAGGAAUGUCUUCGGGACAAGUGUCUUAAUGUCCUUGAGUGGCCCAGCCAGAGCCCAGACUUGAACCUGAUCGAACAUCUCUGGAGAGAACUGAAAAUAGCUGUGCAGCGACAGUCCCCAUUCAACCUGACAGAGCUUGAGAGGAUCUGCAUAGAAGAAUGGGAGAAACUCCCCAAAUAUAGGUGUGCCAAGCUUGUAGUGUCAUACCCAAGAAGACUUGAGGCUGUAAUCGCUGCCAAAUGUGCUUCAACAAAGUACUGAGUAAAGGGUCUGAAUACUUAUGUAAAUGUCAUAUUUCAGUUUUGAAAUGUUUAAUACAUUUGCUAAAUAUUCUAAAAAUCUGUUUUUGCUUUGACAUUAUGGGGUAUUGUGUGUAGAUUGAUGAGGGGGGAAAAAAACAAUUUAAUCAAUUUUAAAAUAAGGCUGUAACGUAACAAAAUGUGGAAAAAGUCAAGGGGUCUGAAUACUUUCCAAAUGCACUCGAUCUUUGUGUUUUAUAUUGUUUCAUGUUUUGUAAAUGUAUUUCUAUCUCUACUUAUAUUUCAGGAAGUUGAGCGUGAAAUCUCCUUUCGGACAGAAUGUGGCCUGUACUACUCGUACUAUAAACAGAUGUUGAGAGCUCCCUCCAUACUGCAAGGUAUGGUACGAUGACCGCUACUCCCUGCACGUCACAGUAGAUAUAGGCUAGCCCCCCCUACUCCCACAUCCUCAGGUUAUUAUACUGGUCAUCUCAGGGGAAAUAACACAGAGUCCAAUGAGAAUCCUAACCUUUUAUGGUCACAAGUGCUCUUUCAGAACUCAAUGCCCUGGAAAUGAGCCCAUUCACUUUUAAAACAUUUCCUUCGCUCGGAAACAUUGGACAGUAAUCUUUUCGCCCUCAUUAAAUUAAUUCCCCUUAUUUUAAUUAUACAGCAUUUGCUGAAAUAGAGGUCCUUAAAUAGCGAGACAGCGGGCAUUGGCAUACCCCUCGGUCCACUUGUCUGUCUGGUCGGGUCCCUUCAUCAUAAUGUAAUGGGAGAGCUAUUUGACCAAUGGCUUGUUAUGUAACCAUGGUAACAAAGCUAGUUAAAAGGGAGAUGAAGGAGAAAAAAACUCUGGCGUUGUAAGUGACCUGUGUCGUACUUCAUCUUUAAACAGGACCUCUCAGGAUGGGGUGCUGUUGUAUUUAUGCAUGGAUAUAUACAGUGGGGAAAAUAAGUAUUUAGUCAGCCACCAAUUGUGCAAGUUCUUCCACUUAAAAAGAUGAGAGAGGCCUGUAAUUUUCAUCAUAGGUACACGUCAACUAUGACAGACAAAAUGAGAAAAAAAAAUCCAGAAAAUCACAUUGUAGGAUUUUUAAUGAAUUUAUUUGCAAAUUAUGGUGGAAAAUAAGUAUUUGGUCAAUAACAAAAGUUUCUCAAUACUUUGUUAUAUACCCUUUGUUGGCAAUGACACAGGUCAAACGUUUUCUGUAAGUCUUCACAAGGUUUUCACACACUGUUGCUGGUAUUUUGGCCCAUUCCUCCAUGCAGAUCUCCUCUAGAGCAGUGACGUUUUGGGGCUGUCGCUGGGCAACACAGACUUUCAACUCCCUCCAAAGAUUGUCUAUGGGGUUGAGAUCUGGAGACUGGCUAGGCCACUCCAGGACCUUGAAAUGCUUCUUACGAAGCCACUCCUUCGUUGCCCGGGCGGUGUGUUUGGGAUUAUUGUCAUGCUGAAAGACCCAGCCACGUUUCAUCUUCAAUGCCCUUGCUGAUGGAAGGAGGUUUUCACUCAAAAUCUCACGAUACAUGGCCCCAUUCAUUCUUUCCUUUACACGGAUCAGUCGUUCUGGUCCCUUUGCAGAAAAACAGACCCAAAGCAUGAUGUUUCCACCCCCAUGCUUCACAGUAGGUAUGGUGUUCUUUGGAUGCAACUCAGCAUUCUUUGUCCUCCAAACACAACGAGUAGAGUUUUUACCAAAAAGUUAUAUUUUGGUUUCAUCUGACCAUAUGACAUUCUCCCAAUCCUCUUCUGGAUCAUCCAAAUGCACUCUAGCAAACUUCAGACGGGCCUGGACAUGUACUGGCUUAAGCAGGGGGACACGUCUGGCACUGCAGGAUUUUAGUCCCUGGCGGCAUAGUGUGUUACUGAUGGUAGGCUUUGUUACUUUGGUCCCAGCUCUCUGCAGGUCAUUCACUAGGUCCCUCCGUGUGGUUCUGGGAUUUUUGCUCACCGUUCUUGUGAUCAUUUUGACCCCACAGGGUGAGAUCUUGCGUGGAGCCCCAGAUCGAGGGAGAUUAUCAGUGGUCUUGUAUGUCUUCCAUUUCCUAAUAAUUGCUCCCACAGUUGAUUUCAUAAAACCAAGCUGCUUACCUAUUGCAGAUUCAGUCUUCCCAGCCUGGUGCAGGUCUACAACUUUGUUUCUGGUGUCCUUUGACAGCUCUUUGGUCUUGGCCAUAGUGGAGUUUGGAGUGUGACUGUUUGAGGUUGUGGACAGGUGUCUUUUAUACUGAUAACAAGUUCAAACAGGUGCCAUUAAUACAGGUAACGAGUGAAGGACAGAGGAGCCUCUUAAAGAAGAAGUUACAGGUCUGUGAGAGCCAGAAAUCUUGCUUGUUUGUAGGGUGACCAAAUACUUAGUUUCCAUCAUAAUUUGCAAAUAAAUUCAUUAAAAAUCCUACAAUGUGAUUUUCUGGAUUUCUUUUUUCUCAAUUUGUCUGUCAUAGUUGACGUGUACCUAUGAUGAAAAUUACAGGCCUCUCUCAUCUUUUUAAGUGGGAGAACUUGCACAAUUGGUGGCUGACUAAAUACUUUUUCCCCCACUGUAGCUCAGUCAUAUUGCCUGGCUCUAAUCAAAGGCAUACUCAAAAUUGUGAUGACAUUGCCAGGCCUGGAGCGAAACCUCAGAUCUUGGUUGCUAUUUACGAGGUACUAUUUGCUCAAACCAAACGUAAUUCAAUAAUGCUCUUGCCCAACAGACUGGAAACAUGAUCACACUUUGUUUACAUGACUCCAUCUGCUCAAGUUAGGGUGAUCUUAUCCCGGAAUUAUAACUCAGCAGAGUUUAUAUAAGAUCGGAGUGAAGCGUCACGUUUUUUAAAUUGUCACGCAAAUGUGGCAUUAGUAUCGCAGACCCUAUAACUCCGGAGAAGUUAGAGCCUACUUAGUUUGAAUGAGUUGCUGUAUUACACUACAUACUGAAAGUGGCCAAGUCACAGAAAGUUAGAAACGUCCAGCCAAUGAUGCCAUGUUAAGUAGAAAUGAUAUCCUUUGCCACCAUUGUCUUACAACAUGACAGAUAGCUCAAACCAGUCAUGGCUAUUCAACAAAACAAUACAUAAUUCUGAAGUUUCUUUCCAGUGAAUUUCUUAGUUACAUGAUUGUACGUAUAACUAGCAAAUACGUUUUGAAGUUGAGGGUGCAGUAUUUAUCAAGUUUGGCAAUGAGGACGAUAACUAGUAGCAUAGUUCAGCUAGUUUAGCCAGGGAAAACCGGGGGAAACGAGCUCGGGACAGGAUAUACUGUAGCUGGGCGCACAUGUGCACUAGGCUAAUUCAGGGUAUAGAUUGUAGUUUUUAUUCCCUGAUAUCAGGAGCUGGCGGCGAAAAGUUUGAUUAAACAAUUCAGAGACUGAAACGAAUAUAUAAGAUGACAAAUAUUUAAGGAGAGCGAAUCAAUAUCCCGAAAUCAGCUGUCAAUAGUAAAGCAAAGCUUAAAAUUAUGUUUGUGUGAACCUGAAUCUAGAAAAUGAAUGGUGAAGUCGCUUCCGGACACGUUAGACUCCUCUUCCUCACCAUUCUGUUCCGUUGUUGGUGUACACCUACACCAUUCCAACACAGAAAAGCUGCUUCUUAACAUUUAAUUACAAUUUUCUGGAAGGAGAACCAUUUCACUCAUAUUGUAAUUAAUUGGCAGAUAGAUUUAAUAAAAAUCUUGAAACCCUGGACAGUUAUUUUAAGAAAGAACCUUCUUUCUGUCUGUAUGUGAUCAGGUCUUUCAGAACUCAUCAAUGAUAAUGCCACUGAAUCCAAGAGAACCAUCAACCUCCUGCAACGCAUGAACAUCUAUCAGGAGGUGUUCCUAGGUGUUCUCUAUAGGAUUCUACCCAUACAGGUAAUACAGAGACCACACUUGUCUAUUUCAAAUAAUAAUGGAGAUAAUUGGACAUUAUUUCAUGGUCUGUGUGUGUGUGUUUAUUUCAGGCCUACCUGGAGCCAGUGUAUUUCUAUAUCUACACAGUGUUUUCCCUCCAGGCGGUGUAUGUCAUUGCCCUAUUCAUCACCAGCUGGCUGCUCAGUGGCUCCUGGCUGGCAGGGGCUCUCACUGGAGUCUGGUACAUCCUCAACAGGUAUACAUCUCACCACGCACACCCAACUAAUAAUUCAUUAAAAGGCUAAACGUAUUAGCCUGGUCCCAGAUCUGUUGGCGCUUUUGCCUACUCCAUUGUCAAUGUCAAGCUAAACAUGACACAAGGAGUUGGCAAGAGAGCAGAACCAAACUGGCAUACAGGUUAUACAAUUAUAGCUACUGGACAAACUUGAUGUCCUACUGCAAGCUGUCACAAGGCCAUUCCUAAAACACCCACUUUGACCUAAGAUCUGAAUGGAAAAUGAAAUGCUGGUGGUCUGAGCGUUCCAUGUGUCAUUUGUGUUCCAGAGUGGACACAACGCGGGUGGAGUUCACCAUCUCUCUCAGGGAGAACUGGUCCCUUCCCUUCUUCGCUCUCCAGAUAGCUGCCAUCACUUGCUACCUGAGGCCUCACCUCAAAACCAUCCAGCAGGUAGACACUCAACCUAGCAGAGGACACCACCAUCUCCUCUGUGCUCUACACACAUAUACAUACGAUUAGACCAGAAUAGGAGAGAAGAGAAAAUCUGUUGAAAUAGGUAACGAAUCACUAUCAAAUGAAGUAUAUUCUCUUAGAAGUUGUUUUGGAGUCAAGUGGCUGAUUUAUAAUGGGGUCUGUGUUGUUCUGUCCACUCCUUUCCUGUGUGCAGAAGGUGGUGUUGUGGCUGAUGUUCCUGGCCACGUUGUGUUUCUGCCUCACCUGGCAGUUUAAUCAGUUCAUCCUGCUGGUUCAGGCUCUCAUCAUCUUCACCCUGGACUGUCUGGACCUCAUCUCCACAGAACAGGUCUGUGACAUCAUUAAUCUCUCAUCAUGCACGUCACAGCAUUCAGCCAAAUAUGUGAUGUAUUAUUUUGUUCCUAAAGUGUCUUUGGCCGAGAUUCAAUCUGUCACAGAUGAAGGACCUGUGAAUGAUGAUAGAGGAUGUUGUGGAUGGCAGCUCAAGCAAUCAGGUUGAGGCUAGGGUUAGGACUGAACCGGGAUGUGCACAUGAAGCUAGGUUUAGGGUUUGGUUCAAAUACUAUUUUAUUUGUCACAUGCGCCAAAUGCAACAGGUGUAGACUUGCAAAUAGUAACACAAUAAAAUAACAAUAACGAGGCUAUAUACAAGGAGUACUGGUACUGAGUCAAUUUAUUUGCAGGGGUACGAGGUAAUUGAGGUAAUAUGUACCUAGGCAAUCAGGAUAUAUAAUAAACAGAGUAGCAGAAGCAUGUGUGUGUGUUUUGUGCGUGUGAGCGUAUGUAGUGUGUGUUGGAAUGUCAGUGUAGUAUGUGGGUAGAGUCCAGUGAGUGUGCAUAGAGCCAGUGCAAAAAAAAAGGGGGUCAAUGCAAAUAGUCCGGGUAGCCAUUUGAUGAACAGUUCUGCAGUCUUAUGGCUUGAGGGUAGAAGCUGUUCAGGAGCCUUUUAGUCCCAGACUUGGUGCUCUGGUACAGCUUGCCAUGUGGUAGCAGAGAGAGUCUUUGACAAUUUUUAGGGCCUUCCACAGACACCACCUGGUACAGAGGUCCUGGAUGGCAGGGAGCUCAGCCCCAGUGAUGUACUGGGCCGUACGCACUACCCUCUGUAGUGCCAUAUGUUCGGAUGCCAAGCAGUUGCCAUACCAAGCGGUGAUGAAGCCAGUCAAGAUGCUCUCAUGGUGCAGCUUUAUAGCUUUUUGAGGAUCUGAGGGCCCAUGCCAAAUCUUUGAGGCUAGGGUUAGAGUUGAGCCGGGAUGUGGACAUGAAGUUAGGGUUGAGGCAGGGUGUGGACUUUGUAGCUCAGUUGGUAGAGCAUGGUGCUCGUAACGCCAGGGUAGUGGGUUCUAUUCCCGGGACCACCCAUAGGUAAAAUGUAUGCACACAUGACUGUAAGUCGCUUUGGAUAAAAGCGUCUGAUAAUUGGCAUACUGUAUAUUAUAUAUAUAUUAUUAUUAUUACCGAUUCCUUUCUCCAGGUGACCUGCCUGUACCUAGUCCAGGUAAGCAGCCUGCUAUCGGUGUGGCUGCUGCAGUUCUGUAACUCCAUGAUCCUGGGCUCUCUGGCUCUCAGCUUCAUUGUGGCCGCUCUCUUUGUCAAGCACUUCCAGGUGAGCCCAAACACAUACUGCAUGUUCCUCUUAAUACCCCAGGGAUUUGACUGGUUUAUUUGACAGUCGUGAUAUACAGUAAGUGCAAUGUGGUCAUGACAUACUGAGACACUGUUUGUAUGUUUGAAAGCUCUUUGUCUUUUUGCCUUGUGUUCCAUGGAGAGAGGGCUGAAGACGGGAGGUCUUGCAGCGCGGCUGGGAAAGCUGCUCCUUCACACCGUCCUCGUCCUUGCACUUACAUUCACUAUUAAUUAUUUAGCCAAGGUGAGCCCUGAGACUUGUACUACAUCCUCCUCCUGUCACCAGGAAUGAAUAAGAAGUCCUCUGUGUGUUAUGAGCUGUGGAGAAGCCAGGAGAAAGGCGCACAGGAGUUGGGAGGACAUUGUGAAAACAUUUAUUUCCAGCUGUUUCAAAAUACAGCAUAUAACUGACACUUACAUGGGAAUAACUAUGCAUCUGUAAUGUACAUUAUGCUAACUUGCAUCUAAGGAAGUUGUUUUUAAAUGUCUGGCUCUUUCAUGUUGACUCAGACAUGCAUAACCUGACCUUAUCUCUUUUUCCCUGUGUAUCUUCAUGUUUGGACAGCAAGCGUUGCAGCUCCGAUCUGAUGAACACAUCUUUAAAUUCAUAAAGUCCAAGUUUGGCUUGGGGCCUACGAGGUAGAGUAUACACUGAGUUAUUUACCAUGUUUUAAUGACUCACUAACUGACACUUCAGAAAGUACCUAGUGUACAAUCCUGAGAUGAUAAAACCCCUUUCAUUAAUCGCAUAUUAAAUAUAAUUUAUACACCCAGAGGAAAUGUGCUGUAGUAUUUCAGAUUAAGUAUCCAACAAACUGAGGGAAACAACUACUAUGUCAAUACUCAAAGCCACAGUGUAACAAGAGCUCUCUCUCUCUCUCUCUCUCUCUCUCUCUCUCUCUCUCUCUCUCUCUCUCUCUCUCUCUCUCUCUCUCUCUCUCUCUCUCUCUCUCUCUCUCUCUCUCUCUCUCUCUCUCUCUCUCUCUCUCAGAGAUUUCGAUGCCAGUCUGUACCUGUGUGAGGAAGCCUUUGGGCUGCUUCCCUUGGACACGUUUGACCGCUUGGCUGGCACUCUGCUGGCAUACCCUUACCUCGUCACCCUGAUUGUGCUCCUGGUGAUGCUGGCGCUGGUAACACUGGCCAACCUCUGGUAAGUUGGAUCUCCUCCUGUGGCAAUGGACUGAGAAUGACAUUCGGACACAGUCCACAUAUGGUUGAGUCAUGCCCCGGACAUAACGGGUCCCUGGCUUCCAAGCGCUAUCAGCCUUAAUCCCAUGUGCAUAUUGCAACGCUUAUCCACAUUUUGUUGUUUUCAUUUAUUUUCUUCAUUCUGUUUCCUUAAAUUCCCUCACCAUCUGUCAUGCUGACACCUGUCUUAUCUGGCUCCAAAACACUGAGAUAGAGUAGAGUUCAAGAGGUUGCUUGUUGGUAGCCCACACAUCUAUCACAUAAUAAUUAUUUGCAAUUAGUAAUUAAUUAUUGUUCUUAAUAAUUAGUAAAGAGGCUCUCCUUUUUGUAUUUGUAUAUGCUUUAUUUAGAUAGUUUAGCAACUGACGGUGAGGUAGAUGAGGAGGAGAACAGGGAUUGAACCCCAGUCUCUGGGGUCAUGGUACAUGAUGUCCUUAGAGCCCACUUACUACUCGACCACAGUCUUUGCACAUAUAAUAAUGAUUUAGCCACUCAUAUGCCACUGCUGUCAGUUAGUUCUGUUAUUCUCUAGUUGUGUGGAGACCUAAUAGAACAUAUUGAGGUAGUGGGUGGCAGGCAGCAUCACAACAAUCCUCUUGAGUCCUCUCCCUAAGGCCCUGUGAAUAUCUGAGCAUGUCACGUCUCACUGUGUUGUCCCUUCCCUGUUUGAUGAGAGAGAGAGAGAAUCCUGCUCCUAUCCUUUUGUCCCCUUCUCAUUCUAGUUAUCAGAGCCCAGUCUGGGCCCCCAGGCACUCAACCCUCCCACAAGCGAAUCAUUACAGGCUCAUUGCAGAUACACCAGUUAACCUUUUGGAGGAGAGCGAAAGACAAACGGAAUAAUCUGCCUAAUGUCACCAGCCCUCGCCUUUAUGUAUUAUGCAUCAAUGUUUUUCCUAUUCUCAGUGAGUCUUCAGCGGUUGGGCGGCCGCUGAAAGGCCGAUGCGAGGAGCGGCCGAUCUGUAUGCGGGCAGAUGUCGCCUACAAUCUGUUACACACUGUCUUCUUCGGCCUCCUGGCGUUCAGCACCAUGAGGUGAGCUCCGCUGCUUGUUCAAGAUGAUAUCUCUCCAGACAGGUCUGGAAUUAUGCUGAAUAACCAACAUCUACUUUCUUUAUCUCUCUCUCCUUAUUCUUUCAGUUUAAUCUACCCAUCUGUCCUCCAUUUGAGUUGGCUUACCCCUGUUCUUCUCUUUUUUUCUCCACUUGUCUUGCUCUCUCCAAACUGCUCUUACCUUAUCUGCCAAAUGUUUUGAUCACACACCAUUUCCAAUUUGUGAUGUUUAUUUUGCUGCCCCAUAAUAUAAGGAGAACGCUGCUGAUAAUAUCCUUAUAAUGCAAAGUACAUUUUGUUUAAAAAAAGGUUGUUCUGAUCUUUUAAAUACACUGCUCUUCUCCUCUCUCCAGAAUGAAAUAUCUGUGGACUGGCCAUAUGUGUGCCUUUGCUGCCUAUGGCGUGUGUGGCAAGGAGCUGUGGUCCCUCUGCCUUAACAUGAUCCGCUGUAACACUAAAACAAAGGUAAAGGCAACAGUUCAGAUCCCUAAGGUUUCUUUUACAGAGGAAUGAGCACAGUUAGCAGGUUCUGGAUUCCACCAUGAGAUGGCCCAGUCCUACACUGAGGCAGUAGGAACACAUUGGAAUGAUAGCCUGCUUGUUCUGUGCUGAACAGUUACAACCUAAUCCAGUAGGUGGCAAUAUGGUAACAACCAACUGACACCAACAUGUCUGUAGAGAGAAACUAAAUAUCGCAACAGAUUGUAAUGUUCACCCUGGUUAUUUUCUCUCUCAUUUUGCAGCUGAGGCUGAUCAGGUACACGGUUCCACUUGUCAUUCUGGGCUUUCUAUAUUACAAGGUGAGACAUUUGCCUUGCUAUUUAAUCACAAUUUGCAGUACAAUAUUUUCUCACCCACAGAAAUUGCAGUUACUGUGAACUGAGAUGGAGUUAAAAAUGGAAGCAACUACCGGCUGGUGACUAGUGUGUUAAGGACUUUGGCUCUCUCCUCUCCUCACUCUAUCAACAGUGCAGAGGAAUUGGCAGUCAUUGGGAUGUGUGAAUGGAUGUGUUUAGUUUAUAUGAAAGUGAUUAUCGUGAGCUGAUGUGUUUCUGUGAAGUUUGGUUAUUUAGAGUAUUUGUCUUUGUGCUAUUUCUCUAUAGUUCUGGCCCAAACUGAUGACGGAAGUAUCAGAACUGAGAGAAUUCUACGACCCUGACACUGUUGAGCUGAUGACCUGGAUUAGGUAAAAUCCUCGGUACCUCUGCUUUAAUGUGCGCACAUACGCACACAUACAUACAGGCGUAGAUGUCAAACAAACGCAAAUCAGGUUAGCUUUGUUCCACAGAUCAAGUUCCACCAUCAUUGCCUGUGACUGCAUGUGUUUAUGUGAAAUGUAGAUUUGGUGAGCUGUGGUGCAUGAAUAAGACAUGGAGGUCUGGAGAGGACCCAGCUGUUGGCAGUGGUUCAGCCCAUGGCCCAGGCCCCUGUGGAAGGGUUUUAUCAAGCCAAUCAGUCCUGAUGUGAUCAGAGAUGGAGGUGAAUUUGGCGUGGCUCCUUGGCUCUGAGAGAGACUGACUGUGGAGGACAGACCUUAAAAAGAUUCACUCUGUGAAAUGACACAGGUUCUCUGCCUCCAGAGAAAAUCCUAUUUGCUUGGCGGAUUAGCGUGUAGAGUUACCUUCUCUGGUGCUGGCACAUUAAGCCUCUUGCCAUGCGCUAAUUACAUUUAAGAUGAAAGAGUUAAGCAGGGAUCGUGUUUCAUGAGACUCGGGCAUAGCUGCUCUUGUUUGUAGAUUAUCACAAAUUCAGAGUGAAUGUGAACGAAAAACAGGGAACAUAUAUUUCUGUCUCAUUCACAGUAUUUACAUGAAGUACUCAUUGGUUUGUUAGGGUAAUCUUGCUGGGGAAUGUACUUGAACAUACCAUGUAUCCAUGGGCACUUUUUAAAAUAGUUCCAUUGUAAUAAAUCUGCAGUUCAGGAGAUUUAAUCAGUGCAACAGAGACAUUAAGGAGAGAAGAGGAAACACAACAUACAGCUCCAGACUUUCUUGAUGAAACUGGUUUGCUGACUGUUUCUUUUUCAGUUAAAGCUGAGUCUGUAAUUGUGAGUCCUUCCAGCUUCCUCCUGCUAAAUGCACAUUCAGAAGUCAGUGGUAGCUCACCAUUGUGUAUGAAAAUGCUUGAUAAUUUCUCUCUCUUGACAUUGCUGGCUCCACGCUUGAUGGUGCCCUUUAAGUUGUGCUGGUGUCUGUCAUUACGGUCUUUGACAGCAUUGUGAGGCACCGUCAUCACAGACACCCUUAUCAUUUAGAGCAUUGGUCUGCCAUGCAAUUAAUUUCCCCUCUUUUGUUUGGUGGUUAAUAUUGUCACGCCAUCCUUUGAUUCUGAAAAGCUGAGUUAUUUCAGAAUGUUGCCUUGUUUUUGAAUAAUGAAGAUAAAUGAAGCUUUUGUUGUCCCUGGGAAACUUCUGCAGCUGUAAGAGUGGCUGUAAUUUCUUUUCACCACUGGAACAAAGAAGACGUUUUCACGCUGUAAACUGUGGAUUUCUUCAUGUUUUUGACACUCUCAUAUCCUCCACUUUCACUCCUUGCUAAUUGUCGUUCUGUCAGCUUGCCUUUUCUCUUCCUUGUAUAAGUUGUAUUUAUUAUACAUAGUCCCCAGAGGAUCUCAGUAGCAGUAAGUCAUACUCUGUCUAUCCUUGUAUGAACCACAGUUAUUCCCCCUCAGGAUAUUAUCAAUAGAUAGCUUAUGACUUCGCCCACUGUGAAAUUGCAUUAUAAUGAAAUUUAGCCAACUCUCCCUCUCUCAACCGAUCAGUCAGUCAAUCAAUCAUCAUCACCCUCCACUCUGUCUCCAAACUCCGUGGCGGUUGAAUUGGCCGUUAUAGUGGCUGGUUGGUGUAACAGCCGAUAUCUUUGCUGAUCCAUCUCUUCUAACUGUGAGCAGAGCAGUCAGACAGGAUGAGCAGAGCUGUAGGAUCUUAGGAUGGACUUGACAGGCACAUCUCUGUUUCUGUCUCCAUCUCUGCCGUACCUGAGCUCCUUACAAAUCACAACCGUUAGCAUCUCAGAGCUGUUAGCAUCCCCCUCUCUCCCGUACCUGCCUCUUUUGGACUCAUGCUGUGUAGACAUUAGUAGGCUAUCCUCCUUCUUUACUAUCUGAUUCAUAGACACUGAAACGUUCCACCUAUCUGUUCUCUUUCCCUCUCUGCCUGCACCACUACCACUUUGUGUAGCGUAACUAACGCACAGGCACAGUCAUGCAUACCAAUUUCACACUUAGUCACCAUCCGUGUCCUCCUCCACCAACUAUUAACAGCGUUAAUACAUUUUUAUAAUGUCACCGGGGCGGCAGGCAUUUACAUACCAGAAUAUAAAUCUGAAAUGAAAUAUAAAUCAGCUGAGGAAUCCCACUUGAAUAUGCAGUAAUUAAAAGCAAACUCCCAUGGAGAGGAGGAAGUGACCCGGAAGAGCAGGUCAGAGGUCAGUCCCAUCACCCCAUCACACACAGCCCAGGGUGGCUGGCGAUUAGCCCCGCAAGCUGCUAAUGUUCCUAGUGGGGGCGUCCUAUCGCUCCCCCCCGCAGCCCAGAGGGAGCCAGCGGUCUCAACAUAUCCCCCCUUCUCUGUAAUGUGGAUUUGAAUGGCAAAUCAACAUGUUUGGAGGAGGAAUUGAGGAAAUAAUAGUUGCUGUGAAAGAGGCUCUGCUAUGAUCUCUUACAGAGUUAGUGAGUGAUUUGAUUUCCUUUUCUAAUAUAGAUAACACAAUGGCUCCUCCACCAGGGAAUAGUCAAUUAAACUGAAAUGAUUUAAUUCUACCUGUGUGUGUGUGUGUUUGAGAAAAAUACCUUUUUCUUAUGCUCUUUUGUGCUGUUCUCGACUGCCUAAUUGAUUUGUGAAAUACCUGAACAACCGCUCCACAGGUUAACAGCUCCACAGGUGGUUCUCAACCAACUAUGCACACACUGUGCUGCUUGUUUCUGCCUGAAAUGACCUGAUUCCUCAGUUGUUACCAACAAUUACCACCAAUAUAUUUAUUACUGGAAAUGGGUGCUAUGAGUGGAAAGUGCCCUCUCUCCACACGAGUGUAUCCAUGCAAUCAGACUUGCCGGGUUGAGGGAGAGUGUAUACAGCCCAGACUGUAAACAUAACAAUUGUUCUUUCCUCUGAGUUGUGGCUCAUGUUGAGUAAAAAAUGCCCCCAGGUUGUGUAGCUAGUCAGAGGGUGUCUCAGGCAUGUACAGGUGCAGGAUGAGUCAUUGUCUCCAUGAGCGGUGAUCAGUGUUAUGAGACAGAGAAGGCCAAGGUCGGGCUGUGGUAAUAACAAGGCUCUACUUAGAGUCAGUCUCUCUAAGCUGUACUAAUACAACACAUUCCACACUGGGCUUCGUCCUUCCUGUGAGUCCUCACUCACCACCUCUCUAGAACACCUUGAGAAAGAUUCCUUUGCGAAAGAAAGAGACAUGGUUUAUUUGUCUGAGAAAAAUGAUAUGUUCCCAGCAGCCUUUUGAAGGCUGUCCUUUCACUAGGCUUAGAAUCUCUCAUUGAAGUUGUGCCUCCGCAAAGUAUUUGUUACUAAUAGAAGAAAAAAAGUGCCAUUGUAGCUGUGAAGAAAACAUAUAAUACAUCUGCAAAGAUUAUUGUAAAAGAACUUGAUGGCAUUGAGUAAAGAAUACCUGCAGUGUCCAAGUACAGAUAUCAGUAUGGUAUUAGCUUGCUACUGAGUCAUGAGAAACCAACAACAAUAACCCCUCUUGUUAAAUACAAAGAUGCACUGGCUCUACAGCAUGUUAACAUCUUCUAUCCAGGUUUGAGAAGCGGCUGUAGCAUGCUGACGGGGAGCUUCUGUAGUGAAUAAUGCUCACAUGCGUCAUUGCCCUCUGUGUAGCAUACAACAGUAUAAACGCUGAUCUCCCAGAAAACACUUCUUCUUCCUUGUCUUCCAGCUCAAAGACCCCCAAGAAGGCGGUGUUUGCUGGGAGCAUGCAGCUGCUGGCUGGGAUCAAACUGUGCACAGGGAGAGUCCUGACUAACCACCCACACUAUGAAGACCGAGCCCUGAGAGAGCGGACCAGACAGGUAAAACAAACCCUUUAUCCUGAUCCUACUUCUAUACUUUACUUAAUUAUGUUUCUUUUUUACACAAGACCUGAGAUUAGAGCAAUAUGGAGAAAACAGUACACCUGUAAAUAUGUGAAGACCAGGGUUGGGGGUCAAUUGCAUUUGAAUUCAGUCCAAACAGGGAAUUAAACAGUCCACAUGGAAAAGAAAGGGCUGUGUUCAAAUCAUCUCCAGAAUUGUAAUAGAAUUGACCCCACUCCAUUGAUGACGCUAUCAAGGAGAGGACACCACUUCCAUAUACCUGUGCUGUGAUAUUAGCAUGGAGGGGACGUCAACCGCGGCGGGGAAAUGGAGUCACAUAAACCUCAACAUGAGAGCAUGCUAUCAGUCACUUUUAUAUUUCCUGUCUGGCUUUCCCCUCAGUUUUACAGAAGCGUGCGACUUUAUCAGCCAGACAACGCCAUGUUUUCAUCUCACCCAGGGAUAGCAAGUAGCGUUUGUCAGAUGCAGAGAUUAAUUGUGGUGGUGUGAACCGUCUCUAAAGCUUGUUAGGCAGUGCAGAGUGUGGGGCUAGGUGAGGGGGAGGCAGACAGGCAGAGAGGAGAUGGUGCAGGGCUGCUGGAUGGUUGGGUACAGAGCGUUCUGCCACUCUGUGGGAGGUGCUCUACGGCUUGUGGUGCUGUGCGGUGUGGGGCUCACGAAGCUCUCCAGGCAGAGCUCUGACUAAUGAAGCUCUGCAGCUGUGGGAGGGCUCCUCAGGGUGGGGGCUCUGGCUCUGCCGUGGGACAUGAGCAGAAUGCUCCCUCCACAUCACCCUGCUGCGUGGCUCUCUGCCACUCAGCCCCCCAGCACCAGCACGGCUUACUGUUAACCCUCAUGGCAAGGCCUCUCAUAGCCCUCUAUCUAAUCCCCAAAGUCAUGCCUGCCUGUGUGUGUGUCUAUCUGAGCCCGAUGUUGUUUUGUGCUGUGUUGUCCUCCAUGUUUACAGGUGUGUCUGUAAUCCCCUAUGUGUGUUUCUCUCCUCCUGGUUAAUCUCUGUGUCGUUUCAGGUGUAUCAGAUCUACGCCCAGCAAUCCCCAGAGGAGGUCCACAGGAUCCUGCGUGCGGCGGGGGCUGAUUUCGUGGUGAUGGAGGACAGCAUCUGCUACGAGAGGAGGCAUGGCCGGGGCUGCAGGCUCAGAGACCUGCUGGAUCUGUCCAACGGACAUGUAGGUGUUGUUUUCUGUUCUGUAAUGGCAGGGGUUGGGAUUCUGUGAUGCCAGCUCUUUCACAAAUAUAUGUCUGUACGUGCAUGCAUGUACACGUGUGAGUGUUUGACGUGUAAGUGUUUGUUUGACCAGGAGGCAGAUUGUUUGGUUAAAAUAUAGUUUUUUAGAGAGUUGAUAGGAGGAAUAUUGAUUGGACUGCUUCAGUAUAAGAGAAAGGGAGUGAGGGAUGGAUUCUUUGGGUGUCUGUGUUUGUGAGAGUGAGAUGGGGAGGGUUGUUUGGGUGUGUGUGCGUGCACGCCAAUCUCUACGUGAUGUUGAUGUGGGGUUAGAUUGGUGUGUGUUUGCAUGUGCUCUCUAUAAAUCACAUGUUGUCUGUCAGCCUCUGUCACUCAAAGACACUUCAAAGUAUGAUUGCUUUGAAAGGGCUCAAUUACAGGCAGCAUUGGGUCUCGAGAUUCAUCCUCCUCUGAUCUGCGUAUCACCUCUGGUUGAAAGAUGUAUUUUCUCUCCUCCCGCUUUUGAUACUAGGAAUAAAUGAGUCACUGGUUAUUUGGAUUUCCGGAGGCAUGCUUGCCUUGCAUACACAGUCUCUUCCUUCACGAGUGGUGUAUGUAGGGCUGGCAAUGUUUCACUGCAUGUGAACCCCACAUCAACAUCACGUAGAGAUUGGCACAACUCUAAGAAAUCUUUAUUGAGAGAUUUUUUUGUCAAUUAUUUAAUUCCCUGGAUCCUUGUGGUUUGUUAUCCCCAUCUUACCUACAAGUACAAAUCUAACUCAAGGGUACUAUUUACUUAUGACAAUACAUUAUGUCUGACAGUUGAAUGCAUCUAUGCAUCUAAUGUGUUUUUGUAUUAGAUCAUGGAUGGCCCUGGGGACAACGACCCAGACUUGGUCCAUGCCUCCCACCCUCGCUUCUGUGAGUCCAUCAAGACAGACGGCCCUGCCUACACAGCCCUCUUCACCCGCGUGUUCCAAAACAAGACCUUCCACGUGUACAAGCUGAAGAAGGGCAAGAAGAGAACCAAGGCAGACAGAGAGCCGGUGGAGGAUAAUACCCAGUAAGAAGACCCUGGGUACCCCAUAAACAACCCCCACCCACCCUUAUCCAGCCGCACGCCCAGUCUCCGACUCAGCCUCCUGCUCCCUGUCAUGUUGAAAACCUGAUGACUGCUCUGUGCUCCCUGCUCUCUGGUCUACCCGACUUCAUCUGGAACCAUGGCUGCACCCUCCCUCCCGUCCGCCGCCCUCCCUCCUUCCGUCCCUCCCUGCGCCACGGCAGCCAGAGGCAGGUAAUCACGGCUGACUGA